UCGACAAUACGUAAACUAACAUGGACAAUAAUACUUGUACCAUAGUGUUAAUUGGGGAUGGUUAUGUCGGCAAAACGUCUAUAGUGGAUGCAUUAUCUCAUAUUGAAUUUUCGGACAGUUCCAAUCCUAACAUAAUUAAUGAAACGACAAUCAACAGAGAUUCCCUGAAUUUUAAUGUGAUAGACACAGCAGGACAAGAGGAAUAUAGUCAUAUUAGGAAACGCGCUUAUGAACAGGCUAAUUUAUUUCUUUUGUGUUUUUGUUUGACCGACAAAACCUCCUUUGAUAAUAUCAGAAAUAAGUGGGUGAAAGACUUGGAACUUUACAAGAAUGUGCCAAAGAUUCUAAUUGGUACGAAAUCAGACUUGCCGAAUCAUGAAAUUAAAUUUUCUGACGGCGAAAAACUUAAGAAGAAACUCAAUUGCUUGUAUUAUAUAGAAUGUUCGUCAAAGAAUAAAGUGGGCAUUGAUGAAAUACUGGUAAAAGCAACUGAAAUAUUCAACGAUAAGGACCAGAAACGAAACUGUGUAAUCCAAUAGGAUUGACUUAAAUAAUUUAUUAUUAUUGUUAUUAUUAUAUUUUAAGUUUUUUGUGUAAUAAAAUUGUUUAGUAAUA